CCCAGGGUUUGUUGCUGGGGGUUGACGGACAGCUGUGGGGGCCAUGAUAUCUAACCCGCUGACUCGGGCUGUCCGGAGCAGAGUGCGGUUCUGUUGGCACCGAGCUGUGUCUCAGGCUCUCCCAAAGGCCUCAGGCGGCGGCAGCCGGCGCUGGUACUCCGCUCCGGGCCGAACGGGGCUCUCGGUGAUGGAGGAGAUCCUGGCGAGGGCCGUUGCACCUUUACCUUCAUAUGAAACCAGAGAUAAAUCUCCGCCUCCGCCCGAAUCCACCAGCUUGGAGUUCAUGAACUACUACAGAGGUCUGGAAAAGGAAGACAAAGUGGGUUUUCUGUCCAAGCUGGCCCAGGAGUGCGGAGUGGACCAUAAAACGGUGUCAGAGCUCGCUACGAGGCUGCUGGACUCUCAGGGACGGGACCAGGCGACCAUAUUGCAGGCGGAGGACAGGCUCCGGUACAGCCUGACGCCGCGGUACAAGCAGCUGUUCGGCCAUGUGAGCCGGGUCGAAGGCGGGGUGAAGUUCCUGGUGGACCUCCGAGCGGAUCUGCUGGAAAUACUGGCGUCCAAAGCAAGCGAAAACCCACACAUCAGGGACCUGAACGGUACUCUGAAGAGCCUGCUGUCCAAGUGGUUUGCUGUCGGUCUGCUCCGGCUGGAGAGGAUCACCUGGCAGUCGCCCUGUGAGAUCCUGCAGAAGAUCAGCCAGUACGAAGCGGUUCACCCCGUCAGGAACUGGACCGACCUGAAGCGCAGAGUGGGACCGAACCGGCGCUGCUACGCCUUCACACACUCCGCCAUGCCGGGGGAACCGCUGGUGGUGCUGCAUGUGGCGCUGACCGAGGACAUUUCUGACAACAUCCAGAGUAUUGUCCGGGAAUUUGCAACUCUUGAUGCAGAGGAGGACAUAAACAAGAUCAAUUCGGCCAUUUUCUACUCCAUCUCCUCCACCCAGGCCGGCCUGCAGGGCGUGGAGCUGGGCAACUAUCUCAUCAAGCGCGUGGUCCGGGAGCUGCAGAGCGAGUUCCCCCACAUGGCCCAGUUCUCCAGCCUCUCGCCCAUCCCAGGGUUCUGCUCCUGGCUGCAAGGCCUGCUGGGCCAGCACAGGAAGGAGGGCCGGGGGCCCGACCUCUUAUCGGAGCAGGAGUGGAGCGAGCUGGAGCAGGCCCUGGACUCCAACACGGGAACCGCGCCCGUCGACUCUCUGCGGAAGCUCAUCGCCACCGGAGAGUGGACGCGCUCCGAGAAGCUGUGCCGCGCCCUGGAGCCCGUCCUGAUGCGCCUCUGCGCCUGGUACCUCUACGGAGAGAAGCGCCGAGGCUUUGCGCUCAACCCAGUGGCCAACUUCCACCUGCAGAACGGCGCCACCAUGUGGCGGAUCAACUGGCGCGCCGACACCAGCCCCAGGGGCGUGGCCAACUCCUGCGGCAUGAUGGUGAACUACCGCUACUUCCUGAACGAGACGACCAACAACAGCGUCCUGUACCUUCAGAACAAGGUGGUGGCGGCUUCGGAGCAGGUUCUGGGCCUCGUGUCGCAGUUUCAGAAGAACAGCAAGCUGUGACUGCACUGCAGACGGCAGAGUAUCGGCGGAGUAUCAGCAGAGUAUCGGCAGGGUAUCGGCGGACGAUCGGCAGAGUAUCGGCGGACGAUCGGCAGAGGUCAAACAUGUUCUAUUCAAAAAAAUCAGACAUUCUGAGAUUAAUCUUCGAAAUUUCUGAGAAAAAGACAUGGAAAUUUAUGAGCUACGAAACUUUAAGAAUGUAAACUUUUGAAACUAAAAAUGUCAUAUUUUCAAACUCAUAAGAUUCUUUGGCAGAAAUGUGCUCCUCUUUUUUCCUGGUACGCUGUUGUAGUUCAACUUUAACAGUUUGGUUUUCGUGUGAAACACUGAUGUGUUGUUUUGUGAGUGUUUGAUGCCCCCGGGCCCCGGGCCCCUGCUGCCCCCCUGUGAUGGACUCCUGACGUCAGGAACAGAAAGUAGGCCGAUUCCUCCAUGAUGUAACUCGGCCCAUCUGCUGCGCCUCAUUAGAUUUCUAACCAAAGCUGUUUGGUAUUGUGUAAGUGAUUCUCAGAACAGACUGCAGCUAAUGAAGCAGAAGGCAUCCGUCAAUGCCAAAGCAUGUUGGAAGGUAAUAGCAUGUAAUGGGGGGGUCUGGAAUGAAGGAGGUUUAUUCUUUCAUCAGGUGAGCCGAUGCACCGUAAACACUACAAAACAAAGAUGAAUGGAUCUUUUUCUUCCUUCGGCUUCACCUGCAGCUGCUCUUCUCGCCUUUAAAGCUCAUUAAAGAAGCAUGAAGUCGACCACUGGAAAUAUUUUCAGAAACUAAAAAAAUAAAAAAAAUUCUGUUUAAA